AUGCAGGGAGCCGCCUCUGCCCUCUGCCUUAGUUUGCUCCUGAUCCCUUGCAUGGUCUGUGCGAUCGGGAAGAACACCACGACACCUGUCCCCACGACGACACCUAUCCCUGAAGUGAUCUGUCCGAUACCUCCAUGCCCGUCUGACGGAGACGUAACCUUGGUGCCUGCGAGUGGUCCCAACAACAACCAGCAGCAAGGCACGCAGAUCGUGACCAUCUCGGGGACUUUCUUCCCGUCCGACUGCUCCAAAGGAUGCGUCUUCGACCCUCCCUGCGACACGUGCGAGAUGGAAGUCACGUACUACGUCUACUUCGGCUCCGAUGCCACCGGCUGCAACUUCGAGGACCAGGACGCUGAUGCAUGCCAGUGCACGGCACCGUCGGGGGAGGACCUGGUGAGGGAUUGUGGUUGGGACGGGCACUUCUUCAGAUCCAAGUUGUCGUAUCGCUGCCACUCCAUCGUCUGCCAGGUCGCACCUCUUUACGGCCAGCAGCCGCUGAAGAUGUUCUUCAAGGAUAAGGCGUGCAAGAGGAAGCAGGAGAAUUGUGUGAUCUACCCUGCGAUCGACGGCAAACUAGAGCCCAACGUUCAGCUCUGGCCGUUAAACUUCACGUAUCGAGCUCCAAAGAUUGUGACAACAGUCCCCAAGGAUUUCGCCAUCGAAGGCGGCCUAGUCACAAUCAUCGGAGAAAGCUUCGGAGGAGACUCAAACUUCAUUCAAGUUAUGAUCGACGGCCACAAGCAAGGCGUUCCCACCAAUCCGAAGCUCUACAACUCCAAGUACCUGUCGGUAGAGGUGCAGAUUUUUCCUCACGGGAAGGGGAACGCGGUGCUGCAAAUCUUCAUCGGCGAGAAUGACUUGGGGGAGAUAUCGAACGAGUUCGAGAUUGAGGAGUUCACGCACCGGCAGUUUGUGACAACCUCCUCCAAGACUCUCUUCGCCGUCAUCUUCAUCCUUACAAGCUGCAUGGCCCUCACUAUCGUCGUCAUGCUCCUUGCAUGGAAGUUUCUCCCCCCCCGGUAUGUCGGCAGGUACGGCAUGAGCAGCUCUGACAUGAGGAGGGGCCUGCUGGGAGACGGUCUGGAUGAUUCGCAUUUCACUAUCAUGAGAGAGCACGUCACCUUCACCAAGAAAUUGGCUCGAGGAGCCUUUGGCAGUGUGUAUAAGGGAACGUGGCUCGGCACUAUUUGCGCCAUCAAGCAGAUUGAUGUCUGGUCGUUACAAGACCUCAAAGAGUUUCUCGACGAGGCGAACAUCCUCAGCAUGGCACUCCAGGCAGCUAAGGGGAUGCUCUACCUUCACUCUCUCCGCCCUCCUGUCCUGCAUCGCGACCUCAAGAGUCCAAACUUGCUGGUCCAAUCUGAUUUCAGCAUCAAGAUAGCAGACUUCGGACUCUCUCGCUUCCGGGUCGAGUACACUAUGACCUUCUGCGGCUCCCCCAAGUGGACGGCGCCGGAGGUUCUCAACGGUCAGAACUACGACACGGCGGCUGACAUCUGGUCCUACGGUGUGGUCCUAUGGGAGCUCUUGACCCGCAAGGUCCCUUACUCGGCAGGCACCUGGGCCACGACCAGGGAUCAGUCGUCAAGUUCCAGCGUAAGGGAGGAGGGAGGAGAGCUCCUUGGGUCCCAGAUCUGCACAGACUGCCUCCUCUUCGACCCUCACCUUCGACCGACUUUCGCUAGCGUUGUCCGCAGGCUGCAGGCUGCAGAGGAGGAGGAGAAGGACAAUCUGGAGGAGCCCAACACCAAGAGCUUGAUUGACAUGUAA